AUGUUCAAGCAUUACCUUGUACCAGCCACUCACCUGGCAAAAAGCAAUGUUCAGGUAACUGCUGAGGUUGUCUUCUGGAAUGAAUCAAUAUGGAAAACAAAUCACUCUGUGGUGACAGAAUUUAUUUUUCUUGGACUCUCAGAUUCCCAAGAACUUCAGAUUUUUCUAUUUAUGUUCUUUUUUGUUUUCUAUGUGGGAAUUGUGUUUGGAAACCUUCUUAUUGUUAUAACUGUGGUUUAUGACUCCCAUCUUCACUCCCCCAUGUAUUUCUUGUUAGCCAACCUCUCACUCAUUGAUCUGUCUCUGUCUUCAGUCACUGCUCCCAACAUGAUUAUUGACUUCUUCAGAGAGUGCAAAAUCAUCUCCUUCAAGGGCUGCCUUGCACAGAUAUUUCUCCUUCACUUCUUUGGUGGAAGUGAGUUAGUGAUUCUUAUAGCCAUGGCAUUUGACAGAUACAUUGCAAUUUGUAAACCUCUUCACUAUACUGCAGUUAUGCAGGCCAACGUGUGUGUUGGCAUUGUGCUGACUGCAUGGGGAAUUGGCUUCUUGCAUUCAGUGAGCCAAUUGGCCUUUGCAGUGAACUUACCCUUUUGUGGUCCCAAUGAGAUUGAUAGCUUUUACUGUGAUCUUCCCAGAGUGGUCAAACUUGCCUGUGUAGACACCUACAGAUUGGAUAUCAUGGUCAUUGCUAACAGUGGUGUGCUCACCGUGUGUUCUUUUAUACUUCUAAUCAUCUCUUACACUAUCAUUCUAAUGACCAUUCAGCGUCGCCCUUCUGAUAAGUCAUCCAAGGCUCUGUCCACUCUGACUGCUCACAUCACUGUAGUUCUUUUGUUUUUCGGACCAUGUAUAUUCAUUUAUGCCUGGCCGUUCCCCAUCAAGUCAUUAGACAAAUUCCUUGCUGUGUUUUAUUCUGUGAUCACUCCUUUCUUGAACCCAAUUAUAUACACACUGAGGAAUAAAGAGAUGAAGACUGCAAUGAGAAGACUGAGAAAAUGGAAAUUGAAUUCUAGGGUAAUGUUUUAA